CUAUCUAUCUAACUCUUCAAACUAGGUUAUCAUGUCGACCGCAACUUCUGCUCCCAUUACCAAAUCAACUGAGCUCUUCCAAGAUAUUCGUGGAGAUUUUUACUCAAGAAGACUACUACUUCAUACAGCUUAUCAACCACUUACCACGGCAUCACCUCCGUUUGCACAUGCUCAUGAAGCAUCACACUCCUACACAAGUCAUAUGAGCUUUGAUGCAAAUGUUGUCAUGGUCCUAUCAGUUCUCUUAUGUGCACUAGUUUGCUCACUUGGACUGCAUUCUAUCAUAAGAUGUGUACUGAGGUACUCCAAUUUAUUAUCAUCUGAAGCUAGUGACGAGCUCUCAGUCCGCUUGGCCAACACAGGGGUCAAACAAAAAGCCUUGAAGAGUUUCCAGACGGUAAGCUACACUGCAGAACUGAAGCUGCCUGGCCUAGAUACAGAGUGUGCCAUAUGUCUCUCGGAGUUUGUACCCGGAGAACGAGUCAAGCUUCUGCCAAAGUGCCACCAUGGAUUCCAUGUGCGGUGUAUAGACAAAUGGCUCAGUUCACACUCAUCGUGUCCCACCUGCAGGCACUGCCUCAUUCAGACUUGCAAAAAGAUAGCUGGCUGCAGUGAGACUGUCUCAUCACCUAAUCAACCACAAGAAAACGUGCAUAUAGCACCGCUAGGACCGGAAUCAUUGAUACGCGGUUUUAGCUGAACACAGUCAACUAGGCUUUAGGCGCAGUUAUGUUUUUAAAACUGAUACAUAUGUACUGCCACACCAUUAGAAUUAGUCGAGAUCCCAAAGUAUCUGCAGUUCAAUAUUCAAAACAACGUAAUCGUUUCCACUGUAAAGUUUUAAACAUUAAGACAUGUUGUUUUCUUCACUUCACUCUUUAAUGCCAUAAAGUAAAUGACAUUCC